CGUUUCUAUGGAAACUAAAUCCUAAAAUGUGGAGUUUUGAUAUUUGAAAUAUAUUGGAUGUAGUUGCAGUUGGUAAAUGUAAUAAAAUCUGGUAUAAAAAUGAAAAUGGAAUUCUGCGCUUACAGCAAGACUUUUCAGUAUGUUUACUGUACAUUCAUGAUUUGGGGAUUACUUUUCAAGAUGCAAUCGUCAUUAAGAGAAUAUGAUUUUUUGCCGGACAGUCGAUUUGAUAACUAUUUGCUUAAUCACGGAUUGUUAUGGGAAUUACAGAGUGUGUCAACAUUGAUGUGUGCUAUUCGUUGUGCAAGCUUCAAAUCAUGCAUUUCGUUUUAUUUUAACAAUGCUGAAAGACGUUGUCGCGGGCAUGAAACGUUGAUGUUGACAACAGAAGCAGGAGUGCAUGAAAAUAACUGGAACUAUUUCUACUUAACGAAAACGGGAAAGUGUCCUACUCUGUAUGCCUAUAGCAAAGCAUUUGAGUAUUGUGUGGGAUAUGAAGGUCAUUUUGUUACUGACGAGGGAUUGGCUAAAUGUCAAGAACAUAAUGGAAGAUAUUUACUGGUCAGAACGGCGGAGGAAAACAGAUUUGCAAGCCUGUUAGCAUAUAAUUUUGAUCACCUUACCAAGUCACAAAAUCGCCAAAUGAGAAUUCAAGGAACGUUUGACUUCACAGACAUGACUUGGAAAGAUGACAACGGAAACAACCUCACGUUUACACAGCUUCUGACAGAAGAUGUUCCGAAAGCUGACCGCGUCCUGUACAUCAAAAACACCCAUCACAAAGAAAAUUUUACAAUGGGUUACCGACAUGGAGUCGUGCAUGCAUUUAUAACUAUAUGUGUAAUUUGAAAUUUUAGCCCUAAAAUCAUUCUUGUAGAUUUUACUUACACCUUAUAGUGUAUCAACAACUUUAUAUAAGAUGUGUAUUUGUUGGCAAAUCAAUAGAAAUAUAAGUUCCCUUUCACGUUAAUAUAUUACUUGGUAAUACGCAAUCAUCCACAUUUGAUAUUGACAACAUAUGUGUAUAUGUUUAUUAGUUUUUAAAUCGAGGUAAGCUACUGACAAA